CACAAAGUCACUUUAAGAUGUUUUCUUUUUCAUGUUUUUGUUGCGGUUGCACCCGAUUCAAGAGCCGAAUGGCUCACAGGGCUAUACCAAAUAAAUGGAACGGGAGCUUAAAACGUGCAGUAAGUACCACAUUCAAGCACUAUCCAGGCUCGAGUCUCCUUGGUUUACCAAUAAUGCAUCGUUUACAGGAGACGCUUUUAGCAUUUACAUGCUUUGAAUUCGUUUCAAAUUGUCAAACGUAGGUUUACUUGUUGGCUAACAUUAAACAUUUUGCUGGACAUAAUAUAGGUGCUGUACUAGUUACGAGUUGGCAUGUUCUGUUUACGUGACAAACCUUACUAAUUGGCUGUGUUUGGUGGUGGCGGGUUUAACAACACUUAUUUACGCGAUCUAACCCCCAAAAACCCUAUAUUACAGAUGAUAUCAGUCGCGAAAGCCUGCUAAGUGUUAAACUGAUUUUGCUGGACAUCUGCGAAAAAGAGCUUUAUAGCUCAUCGGAUUCCUCCAGUAUAAAUAAAAAUUCUAACACGUAGGCUUUCGCGACCACUAACAUCCAUAAUACAGAGUUUUUUUGGGUUAGAUCGCUUAACAUUCUUAGAAUGUACAGUAUAUGCUAACCCCCCAAAAACCUGUAUUAUGGAUAAAUAAAGAUUAUGUUGGCACGAAAAAUUGAAACUCCCGCGCAUUUACAAAUCGCGUUUUUUGUCGGGGGAGGGCCUGCGGCGCUUUCCGUAGUCGCCUCCGACGUUUUAUAUUCCCCAGCGCGCAUCGACCGCGUUCGCGCCUUCUCGCGACACGAUUGGUUCCGCGUGAGACGACCUCUAGGCCAAUCGCGGCGCCGUGCGGCGCUCCACGUGAUCCUGCCGGAGCCAAUAGGGCGCUUCCCAGGGUGGCGGCGGUGGUGGUGCGCGUCCACGUGUGGUCCGGCCAGAGUCGCCGUUCUGCCAUGGAGGCGACGAGAGGGGAGACGAGAGGGGAGAUGAGCGACGCAAAGACACGCAGGGGCAAGGCUCCUAAACACAAGAUGCCGAGCAGCAAGCGGAGGCACGGGCAGGCGUUCAAGAACCCGCACGCGGCGUUCAGAGAAGAUAUGAUAGCAAAAAAGAAGGAAAUUGUUGUGCAUAGGUACAAGAAAAUGUUGCGAAAAAUGGGGCAAGGGCCCUCCCUCCAAGGCCGAGUGACAACACAGCAGGGGCCUAGCCAAAGGGCCGAACAGGGAAAGGGACAAAGGUGGGGCCGGCCGGCCCAGCCGUGGAUGGAAGGGCCUCAAGCGGGCAAGGGGGCGACACGACAGGAGACGGAGCAGAGCUCAUCGCCGGAGGUGGAGGCAGACUACCCCGAGCACCUGCGGCAUCUGUACGAAGCGGAGGAGAAGACACUCGGUGUCGCUGAACCAGAGAUGAUGAGGCCAGUGCGAAAAAAGAAACCAAGUUCAUAUCAGAAAGCCAAACAAGAAUUUGAGAGAAUAAAUACAGAAAAAGCAAACAAAGCAGAGGAGAUCCAGCGGCGGAAGGAGGAGAGGGAGAAGGCAAUGAAGGAGCACAAGCAGCGCAGGCAGGAGACGUUUCGCAUGCUCUCGCAGAAAACCAAGAAGGGGCAGCCACGGCUGCAGCUGCAAAUGGAGCACCUCCUGUCGAAGAUCCAGGCAAAUCGCGGAGCCACUCAAUGACCACUGAAAGCUUGUCACCGAAGUCAUUGACUUAAACGACUGAUAUUUAGCUUAAGUAUUCUCUGCCUAUAUCUGAUCGAGGGCAAUGUAAAAAAGCUUGAUUUUUUUGGAGCGUGUAAAAUAACCAUGAAAUUAAAGACAAUGAAACUACAUCCGUAUUACAUUAGGAAUUAUAUUGUAAUUAAAUCUAAACAUUUACAUUUAAUAGAAACAUUUGUGAAAUCCAUGUUUAAAUCUGUAAAACCCACCGAGCCGAGUUUGUAAUAGUAAAACUUGUCUGUAAUCUGAUAUUUAGGAAAAGGGUUUAAAGCAUCAGGUCCUGUGAGAGAACGGAUGUUUGCAGAGCUUCAACUAGAAUUUCUAAUGUGUGCACCCGGUGCAGGAGACAAUAUUUAUAAGUGUGGUCCAAACAAAGGCAAUCUAGCUCAGAGGACACGUUACAGAAUAGCAUUGCACAGCACAAAAUUUGUCAGCCACCAGCAUUGUGUUGAAGGAAGUACAAAUUUAGUUUUUGACCUAUUUCUGUGGACCUUUGUUCAUGUGCUUCCCUUGUAAUGUGAGCUAUUAAUGAAUUCUGGACUAUUUUAACAAUUUUGUAUGAGAUUUUUCUGGUAGUUACAGCCAGCAUCAUGGGCAGUUGCAAAACAUCUGCAUAUUUGGCAGUUUUGGGCCUUAAAUAGGAGGUGUGAUUGUCAUCAAUGUGCAUCCACAAGAUGGCAGAAAGUGAUACAAAGUUGAUUGUAUAUUUUUUAUUCACGCUAUUUCUCGGCAAUGCAAGAGUUGUGAUAUAGCAUGGGGAUGUCAUAUUUUUCAAACCUCUGAUUGUAUGAUUCCUUUUUUAUUGUGGCCACAAUUGAUAUAAACCAUUGAGGUGCAUCUUUAAUAUUACGUUUCUGGUGAGGAGUCCAUUAAUCACAUUAAACAAAUCAAAACUUGUAUAUUUGAUUGGAUGCAUGUAUCAUGAAUGGAAGACGAUUCAAUUUAAUCAUUUAAUGAUUGUCUAUUUAUUGUAAUGCCUCUGAAGCUUCUUUCAAGUUAUGCAUAUUGCACGAGCGCUUUUCAGAUUUCUAUUUCUCACAGUUCCUUUUACAUUUGUAAAACAUUGGUUGAAUAGACUACAUAAUGUAUGGCUUUGUGAUGUUGAUAUUUGUUUCGAACUUUUCUCAAUAAAAUGUGGAACUCAA